CGAAAUUGUUGUCAGUUGUCACACGCAAAGAAGUGAGAGUUUUAGAAUUGUGAGGGUGCUAGCGAAUAUGCGUCGAUGGAAAGAGGAAGAUUCUUGAGUAACCAGCAUCUUCCUCUCUCUUAUUCUAUUCCCCUUUUUUGUUUCCACUCAAUAAGCCGCUUCUUUUCAACUGAAAUCAACCACCACCUUCCACAUAUUUAAAGCCAUAUCUUUCUGAAUAUUGCAUUUUACUUCACAGCAGCAUUAAUUAAUUUUUCCCUCAGCAUUUUCAGCUGGCACGCAGCACUCUCCAACCAACUGGUGCCAGCAAUUUCUUGCUGGUAUUCAAGUUGAUCUGCGUCUUGUGUGAGCAAGAAGAUGAAUCAAGAGAAUACACUUAGUAACAGUAGAGCCCUUGAAGGUGUCCAUGGGAUCCAUGUGGUACCUCAUUCACCAUUUACUUUGACUGAAACUAAUCAAAGUGGAGACUUACAUCCAUCAACAGGUGGAAAGUCAGCUUCUGAAGCAAAUCAGCUGCUGUUUAUGCAACGAGCAUGGCAACAAAGACCUGCAUGCUUGAGACCCAUCCACUGUAGUACAAGUUGUCAUGGAGAUCAGCAUCUUGCUGAAACAGUUGCAAAUGUGCUUACUUCGAUUCCUUUUAUAGCUCUUGGAAUGCAUGCUCCCAGGAAGAAUCUCACUUCUAAGUUGUAUGCUAAUUCAUUAAUUGGAGUUGGAGUGGCCUCAAGCAUGUACCAUUCUUCAAGAGGGAAAUUGAGGAAAUACUUGAGAUGGGUUGACUAUGCAAUGAUAGCCACAACAACUGUUUGUUUGUCAAGGGCCCUCAGAAAUGAAAACCCAAAGUUGCUGAUGGCAGCAUCUGCUGUAUUUCUUCCAGUUAAUCCAUUCAUGGUUUCAGCUAUUCACACUGGGAUGUUGGAGGUAGCAUUUGCUAAAAGGGCAUUGAAAGAUCCAGAUUUGAGAAUGGCUCACACAGUGCAUAAGAUGUCAACAUUACUGGGAGGUUUUCUUUUCGUAGCAGAUGAUUUAUUUCCCAGAACUCCAUACCUUCAUGCUGCAUGGCAUCUUGCUGCUGCUGUUGGUGUAGGAACCUGCAACAAGCUUCUUGAAUAGCAUGGAAAGUAUGCAAUCUGCUAAGAGUAGCAUCAACAUAUAAUUUGUCGACCUUACCUUGUGAUCAGCAAUGGUUAAGAUUAUAAGUAGUACAUUGAACCCGUUUGGACAAAGAACAUUUAUUGAAGCUUAUUCAGUGUUUUUCCUAGUAGAUAAGCUCAAAUAAGCUCCAAUAAUAAGUCUGUAUCCAAACGGGCUCAUCAUCCUCUAGGAUUAUGUUUAUAUUGUAGACAGGUUGAAGCUAGAUUAGAUUCCCCAGUAUUUUUAUCUUCUCUAGUUGUAGGUGGAUGUUCAUCAGUUAAAUUUAUUGGAGAAAGGGAUUGAUUCAGCAAAAAACUGGCACCUAGUCUCUUAUUGAUCAAUGAACAUGUUAUGAAACACAAUUCAUUAUAAUUUCUAUCCGAACUCGGAUGUUGUUGAGGUAUUGUUUCUA